GACGGACAGGAUCACCCUCCUGAAUGACUGCUACGCAUCAUUUCACCAUGGACUUUGCACCAUUUUCUCAUGUCUUCCUGUUGCUGUCAGCUCUCUCCUCGCUGCUGAGCAGCUUGGCUUCUCCUUCCACCUUCACGCACCGGGACCCGUUCACCGGUAGGUCGCUGCAGUGCGACCGGUGUCCACCCGGAACCUUCCUGAGCGCGCGCUGCUCCACGGCCAAAAGCACUGAGUGCGCACCGUGCCCGCAGGGCUCGUUCACGGAGCUCUGGAACUACAUCGGGAAGUGUUUACGCUGCGGAGUGUGUGGACGGAACCAGGUGGUGAAGAAGGAAUGCUCGGCCAAGAGCGAUUGUCAGUGCGAGUGCAAACAGGGCUUCUACUACGAGCACAAGUCAGACAUGUGCGUGCGUCACAGCGAGUGUCGGUCUGGAUAUGGGGUUCUGACUGCAGGUACACCUAAGAAAGACACAGUCUGCCACAUCUGCUCCAAUGGCACCUUCUCCGAUAUUUCCUCUGCUCAGGACGACUGCAAACAGCACUCUGGAUGUGAUGGUGAAGGGCAGGAAUUGGUGCUGAAGGGUUCCACCUGGCAUGACAAUUUGUGCGCAAACAGAGAAGAGCUCAAAGAUGGAGCUGAGUACCUGAAAGAAGUCAUCCCAGCUUUCUUCAUUAAUCACAAGAUGAAAAUGAAACGCCUGCGUCGAAUUGUGCACAAGCUGCAGACUGAGGAUGGUAGUAAACAAAGAGGAACUUUAGAGCUCAACCUUCCACAGCUUCACUUACACAUCCGCAACUGGGUUUCCUCUGCAACGGUCGCACAGAUUCGGCAGCUUCCAGUCUUACUGAUUAAACUUGGAGCGAGGAGCGCUGGAGAGAAACUACAAAGGAAGCAGAACCAAAUCGACACACGUCUAGAGCGAGGUCAUUUAGAAGGUGUGAGGAAUGUAGAUUUAACUUAGACGUUAGCUUGAAAUUUAUAUUUUAUAUAUGCAUAAACGUUUAAAUGGGUCUGAAAAUUCAAAACUACAUUUGCAUUCUUGUUGUUGUGGAUAAUAGGCAGUUCGGGGUGUCAAGUGUAUCAAAAGUCUGCGCUGUCUCUGAUCUGCUUUCCUAUGCUAAUUAGUGAUUUUGGUAUUAGUGGUAUAACAUAUCAUAGACAUAGACACACAGCCUAAAUGUCCCAGCCCACUUCAGUGGUGGAAGUAAUUACAUUUUCAUGGUGGUAAUGCUAACCACAGAAAACGGUAGGCCGAGCUACCACUAACAACCUUUUUCAGACAAAUGGAAAACCAGGAAGAAUGUCCGAGAACAGACGUAGCAUUUUAGGAUAUAGCCUAUUUGGAGUUUCCUGACUUUGAAUGAAAACCAGAAAGACCCUUAGCUUGCAUGUUGAGUUAUCCGGCUACUGUACACAGACUUUAUAGGUUCAGGCAGCGCCAUAGAGCUAUUGGGUAAACCAGCCAAUCAGCACGCAGCUCGUUUAAUAUUCAUGUCCUGGCAGAGUGGGUGGGGUAAACUAGUCUUUUCUAUGGAGUUGUAUUUGGCCAUUGGUCAGGGCUCCUGGGCCAUUUUGAGCCCCAACAAACGUUCCCAUGGUAUAAAGAAGCUCAAAGAACAGUUUUGAGUAGUGUUAAAAGUGAAAUAAAACGGUUUUGUGUGCAGUUAGAACAUUUCAACCUUCCCACAUCCUUUGACACUGUUUAAAGUGGAAUAUUGGUUUUCCUCUUUGUUACUGUAAAAUUGUGAUUUACAUUUUUAAACAACAAAUUUUUCACAUUUAUUCUGUUUUGAAAGAUGCUUAAUUUUAUUUACUGUCAUUGCUGCAAAGACCUUUGUGAGAAAUGGACUUCAGGACUAGUUUUUCUACUCAGUGGAUUUCAUUUCAUAAUUGUCUUGCUUCAUUUGAAGAAUGAAUGAGGCUGUCUGUAAAUCUACCUCUCAUGAACUAUCGUUUGCAUGCAGCUUAAUAAACAGGUCCUUACUCAUUUCAUAUUUAUUUAAAGAAUUUAUUAUUUAAAUUUGCCACAACCUGUUUUUGCACAUGAAUGAUAAUGGGGUUAUAGAUACAAAAGUUGAAUUUGCCACUUUCAGUGCGUCUAUAAAAAUGAAUAAAGUGUGGUGAUUGUUUCAAUUUUACUGACUAUACAUAUAUUCUAUAACCGUUUCAGGUAAUGUCUCAAAAUGUAUGUAUUAUUGCACAAAAUGAAAUUAUGCAUGCAGAGCUAGAA